UUUUUUUUCGUCGGGCGGUCGACACGCUGCGACUCGCAGCCCUCCCACCUUCUUGUUCGACAAAAUCCAUGCCCGAGCCCGCGUCGUGAUUUCUGAGCCUCAUCAGCGUCGCCGACCAUGAAGCUCUCAAAUCCCGGGACCGUUCCGGUCUAUACCAUCUCAGGCGCAUCAACCGCCAGACCAUUGCCGGACUGGCUGGCCCGCCGCCGGAAGCGCAGCCUCAAGAACGAUCCCGAGUAUCAGAACCGCGUCGAGCUGCUACAAGAUUUCGAGUUUGAGGAGGCCAGCAACUGCAUUCGCAUCAGCGAAGAUGGCGAAUGGGUCAUGUCCACGGGCACAUACAAGCCCCAAAUCCACGUCCACAACCUCCCCCAGCUGUCCUUAUCCUUUACUCGCCAUACCACCUCGUUGAAUCACUCUUUCGUUCUCCUUUCGCAAGACUACUCCAAAUCUCUGCACCUACAAACGGAUCGCAAGCUAGAGUUCCACACGCCGAUGGGGUGCCAUUACGAAGUCCGGAUACCCAGAUAUGGCCGCGACCUGCUGUACGAUCGACAUGCCGCCGAGGCCCUUGUGCCUGCCGUUGGGCUGGACGCCGACGGAAAGGGCGAGGUCUUCCGCAUGAACCUCGAGCUCGGGCGUUAUAUGAAGUCAUACCAGAUUGAGGUCGGCGGUGACGACGAGACGGGCGGCGGCUUGCAAGGCGGCAUUGGCGUCGGCAGCGUCAAUGUCGGCGCCAUUGCCGAGAAGACGCACAACCUCCUCGCCUUUGGCACUUCGAUAGGGACAGUGGAGUUCUGGGACCCUCGCUCAAAGUCAAGGGCAGCACUGCUCAGUGGUCACGAUGGCGAGGUGACAGCUCUCGACUUCUCCCCGUCAGGCCUCUCAUUAGCUACGGGCUCAUCCACCGGCAUGAUCCAGCUAUUUGACCUCCGACGUCCAGUGCCCCUCCUGAAGAAAGACCACGGCUAUGGCUUUGCGGUUCAGAAGCUCAUCCACAUGACGAACUCGUCUCAAGAGAAGAAGAUAAUGUCUGCGGAUAAACGCAUCAUCAAAAUAUGGGACGAGCAAUCCGGAGACCCAUGGACUUCGGUCGAGCCGGUCGUCGACAUCAACGACGUAGCAUGGUGCAAAAACACAGGAAUGCUGCUCACCGCGAACGAGGGAAAGCAGCAGCAUGCGUUCUUCGUACCACAGCUAGGACCUGCUCCGAAGUGGUGCUCCUUCCUGGACAACAUGGUUGAGGAGAUGGCCGAGGAGGUGCACACGGAAACCUACGACAACUACAAGUUCUUGACGUUGCCAGAGUUGAAGCAGCUCAGCCUGGCGCAUCUCGUGGGGAAGACAAACCUUCUGCGCCCGUAUAUGCAUGGUUACUUUGUCGCAUCCAAGCUCUAUGAACAGGCUAAGCUCAUCGCCAACCCAUAUGCCUGGGAAGAAGAGAGAAUGAAGCGUGUGAAGGAUAAGGUUGAGAAGGAGCGCGCCAGCAGAAUUAGGGGCAGCAAGAAGGUCAAGGUCAAUCAGAAACUGGUUGACAAGCUGCUCAAGAAGCAAGAGAACAGAGGCGAGGUCGACACCAAUGCCGGCCUUCUCGGAGACGAGCGUUUUGCUCAGAUGUUUGAGGACGAAGAGUUCAUGGUCGAUGAGAACAGCCGCGAGUUCCAGUUACUCAAUCCGAGCACUGUCGUGGAACAAGCCGCGGACCCCGCCGCUCCCUCUCGAUAUCAAGCCAAGGAUUCUGAGGAUGAGUCCAGCGACGACGACGACGAGCCCGCACCGGUGCGCAAGCCCAAGGACGACGUGGUCAUGCGAGUUUCAUCGUCACACAACGAUGGCGCACAGAUGCGCGAUACCGCACUAGGAUCGAGACAACAGAAAUUUGGUCGUGGCGAUAGAGCAAGAAGAGGAAAUGUGGUCGGCGAGCGACAAGUUUCUUUCGUCCCAGAAUCACAGAAGAAGAGAAGAGAGGAGGAAACGCCAGCGCCACAGAAGAAAUCUUUUGGGAACCGGCGGAGUGCCAGCUCCAACACGUUCAGAAAGAUGUAAUACUAAGGAUCCUAAGCCAACUAACUAUUCAUCAUACACCAAGAAGACCUAUGAGCACCUAUCUACCCACCCAGCAACCCUUGCAGCUGCUCCUGAGAAAGCCAACAGUCUCGCCACGCAAAUCAUCGUCGAGAUUUCUUCGUGGUCACCGAUUGAGCUGGACCUUUCUCGAGGUCUUCUGGUCGCAGGCGAGGCGUGGGCGGUACACUGUCGGUUCGCUUUGAACGCCCACGUCGGGUUGAUCCCAUCGACUCCUUCACAGAGUCCGGGAACUCCGUUCGCCGCGGCGUGAUCGCUGCAACGACCUUCUUGGCCGAUCUCCGGAGCGUCUCUCUCAUCGUCCACUCACGUUUUUUGGCGAUGAAGAAGAGGGCUGCAGUCGUUACUGUCGAGGGUCAGCACUCAAGGCAUAUAAUGCUGUAGGGCUGCAGGAAUACCUACCACCAACGAUGGUGACGACGACCACAACGACGACUAUGGCCACCAGACCACCCGUUGAGAGUGACAUGGCGGAGCUGUGGCCAGAAGCCCCAGCGUCCACACCUGAGUCCGGACUUGGAGCUGGACCACCUCCAGCGUCCCCUUGGGACGCUCCAUGGUCAUCUCGCUUCAAUAAAAUGUAUCGUGGAUUCAUGUUAGCUGAGGAUCCUUAGCACAGUGGGGAUCCCAGAGACGUGCUUCAAUAGUAGUAGUAGUUGAACAAGACAGAAACGAGAGUCGACGUCUGCCGGUAUUUACAUGCUGU